AUGGAUGAGCAAGACUUGGCUGGCCCUGGAGAAGGAAGAGGCCAUGCUAUGGGAACUGGGAGCAGUGGGGGAUUCUGGGAAAGCUCCAUGCAGAAGACACUGGGUGAGGAAGACACCCUUCAUUCAGAGGUGCAGAGCCAGAGGUUCAGGGAGUUCUGCUACCAGGAGGCCAAAGGACCCCGAGAGGUUUGCAGCCGACUCUACCACCUUUGCCACCAGUGGCUGAAGCCAGAAAGGCACACAAAAGCUGAGAUGCUGGACCUGGUGAUCUUGGAGCAGUUCCUGGCUGUCCUUCCCCCGGAGAUGGAGAGCUGGGUGAGGGAAUGCGGAGCAGAGACCAGUUCCCAGGCAGUGGCCCUGGCCGAAGGGUUCCUCCUGAGUCAGGCAGAGGAGAGAAAGCAGGAAGAGAGAAAGCAGGGAAAGGAUCUGUCUGCAGAAAUGGGUCCUGAUUCCUCUGAGGCAGAGAGGACUUCGCUGGACACCAGAGAGAGGCCGCUGGGUGAAAGAAGGAUGCUGGCAAGACCUCCUCCUCCAUCUCUUCAUCCUGGUGGAGGGGAAGCAGCGGCUGAGGAACCGGAUCAGGCUUCAGUUUCUUUUGAAGAUGUCGCUGUUUGUUUCACGGCUGAGGAGUGGGCGUUGCUGGAUCCUGCCCAGAGAGCUCUGCAUCAGGACGUCAUGGAGGAGACUUGUAGGACCAUGAUCUCUCUUGGUGGUGAUGAAUUAGAAAUUAAGAAAAAGGGACAACAUGACAAAAUCCACACAGUGGAGAAGCCAUAUCAAUAUUUGGAGUGUGGAGAGAACUUAAGUGAGAGUUCCCAUGCCACUUCCCAUCAAAGA